AUGAGCGCGACGAAGAGGGCGGAGGUCCACUCCGGACCAGGAGACACUCUGUCUCCCGUCAAGGAAGGAGAGGUCAAGAUAGACAUCGAGCAGCCGCCGAGCAGGUCGUUCACGCCGGCGCUCGCCAGCGAGAACGGAAACACCAAGCAGGCCAACCAAGACCCCGCGUUCCACCCGUCGCAGAUCGACGGCGACGAGGACGACGACAUGAUGAAGCGCACGGCGGAGGAGUCGAAGAAACGCCGCCGGCACAUCUUUUUCAAACAGCUCCGCUGGGCGCUGGUCACGAUAUCCAUGAUGGUCUUCGGCGCCGGCAUCUACCUCCGCGUCGCCCACGACGACUGGCGCGUCGCCGGCCUCAGCGGCUGGCGCUGGGCCAUGUUCCUUGGAAUCCUCGUUCCGUGCCGCGUCAUCUUUCGCAUGGCGAUCAAGAUCUUCCUCUUCGGGCUCCGCAGCAAGGCCUUCGAGUCCUUCCACGAGCGCAUCGCCUACUUCGUCGCGCCCAUCGAGUCGCGCUUCGUGUGGAUGCUGCAAUUCAUCACUUACGUCGUGCUGUGGGAGACCCUGAUGGGCGACAACAACGGCCGCCUGUCUGGCGCGUACGAGCCGAUCUAUCGCAUCCUCGCGAGCAUCCUGGUCUACUGCGUCGGGCGCUGCUGCUCGAUGCUGCUCACCAAGUGGUUCAGCGCGCACUUCAACCGCAAGACCUUCUUCGUUCGCCUGAAGGCGACCCUGCGCACCGAACUCGUGCUGUCGACGCUCGCGACGCCGCGGAAGAAGGCCAAGGCGCACCGCGCGUCGCUGGGGUCGGCCGCGGCCCCGGCGAAGGACGCGCACCGGCCGCAUUCCCGGAGCGGGUCGGUCAGCGGGAUGAACAGCGCUGGCGGGAAGUGGCCGUCGCAAACGUCCAUCUCCGCGGGCAACAGCACGACGGAGAACGCGUUCAGCCCCGACAAGCUGCUGCAGGGCGUGCAGGAGGUCCUCGCCGACGCCGUCGAGCACGCGCCGUCGGCCGCUACGGCAACCUCCGACGGUCGCCCAAAGGCGGGGAAGAAUGCGUCGAAGCAGUGGGUCUUCAGCGCGCUGUUGGCGCACCCGAUGGACUUGCAGCGGAAGGUCGACGAGUGGGGCAUCGACGACGCGACCGACGCGGGCGGCACGCACACGCAGGUGCAGAACCUGGAGAAGUACGUGCGCAAGCACCAGCUCGGGAUCAACUUCGGGCGCAACCUGAAGGAGGCGCGCAUUCUGUCGGACAACGAGACCCUGGACAAGGUCUCGCGGCGGUUCGCGCGGUUCGUGUUCGAGAACAUCCGGCCGGCGGGCAAGGACUUCGUCGAGCGGUGCGACCUGGAGAAGAUCCUGCCGGAGGGCAUGGUCGAGGAGGGCAUGGCGAUGCUCGACGUGACGCUGGACGGGAAGGUCACGAAGGAGGACACGCACGCGGCGGUGAAGGCGGUGCUGAAGGAGCGCAUCGACCUGUCGAACGCGCUGCGGGACACCAAGACGGUCGUCGGGACGCUCGGGCGCGUGGUCGCCGCGUGCACGAACAUCGUGGUGGCCUUCAUCGUGCUGUGGAUCUUCCAGGUGGAGAUCCUCGAGCUGUGGCUGUCGUUCGCGACCGCGACGCUCGCCUUCACCUUCGUCUUCGGGAACACGCUGAAGAACAUCUUCGAGUCCGUGCUGCUCCUCUUCGCGACGCACCCGUUCGACGUCGGCGACGCCGUGCUCAUCAACAACGACUUGUACUACGUGAUGGAAAUAGCCCUGCUGCGCACCCACAUGCGCAUGGCGCCCGGGCCGCAGGUCUGGUUCCCGAACCACGUGCUCAACUGCCUCCCCAUCAUCAACCUCACGCGCUCCGGGCCGCGCUGGGAGCCCUUCGAGUGCUGGGUGGACGUCGGCGUCGACACCGUGAAGAUCCGCGAAACGAUCACCAAGGACCUGAACGACAUGAUGAAGGGCAAGCCGCAGUACUUCACGGGCGAGUUCGCUGUCCGUUGGCUCAUCGCGCCGGACGGGAACAAGAUUAAGCUUGCCAUAUGGUAUGGGUGCGCAAACAACGGGUCGGACCUCGGGGUGUGCGGUGAGGCGCGCAACCUGGUGUUCGAGACGUGCAUGGGCACGCUCACGAAGCUCGACGUGAAGCCCGCGGUCAACCACAACGUCGCGAUGGGCGCGGGCGCGGGCCUGGGCAUGGGCGCGGGCGGCGUGGCCCUGGGCGACCUGCUGAACGACGAGUCGACGCGGCAAGCGCAGGCGGCGGCGGCGACGAUCAGCGCCGAGGGCCUGCGCCAGCGACGCUGA